AAGGAAAUAACUUCCUUCCAGAAAUCCGGAAGAGAGCAGGGUAGAAAGCGACUUUAUUUAUGUUUUCUUUUUUUUUUUGUUUUAAACAACGUAGUAUUUGUUUCUUGUUUUGAUUUGUGAGGGUAUAGAUAAGAACUGUAGCAGGUAGGGUAGGUGAAAACUGUAUUGCGCUUGCUACUGGGUGGCCUAGACGACUUCAUUUCACCUUUUUUUUUUUAUUUUUUUUUUAUUGUUGCUGGUUUCGUGCGGCAUCGGUGUGAUGGGAAAGAGAUUUAAAGUCAAAAACGCUGCGGGACAAAGAAGCUUAACUUGUUGAACAGGAUGUUUAUAUUGCACGCGUCGAUUAUUGUUUAUCGUUUCAAUAAAUGAGUGUAAAACCAAACCAGUUUCUUUGAACAGAUUUUUUAGUCGAUCACAGCAAAGGCCUUUCUGAAAUAUUAAAAGUAAGACACGAAAGAAUCGGGGCAUUCGACUGGAUUGUGUCACUGAUUGCUUUUUAUAUGUACUGUCUGAUACUUGAGAUAUCCGCUUUCUGCCUUUUGGACAAUCAAGUUAUUCUAGUUCACUUGUCCUGUGAGUUUUAAAGCAGUAACUAGCUAUUUAAAGUACUCUGUCCUCGCGACAUUAAUAUACAUUUUUUAAUUUCCUCUAUCGUUGCGUGUCAGGACAGGCGUUUCUCGGUUCGGAGUUGCUCUGUCUGAGUAAUUGACGGUUUCUUUUUUUGGAGAUGUAUGCGCCCUCGGCACCUACAGUACCAGGCAGUCGGCGAAGGCGAGGUCCAGGGGGUAGUGCCCUUCCAAAGCAGCCGGAGCGGAGUUUGGCUUCUGCUCUGCCCGGCGCCUUGUCCAUUACAGCCCUGUGCACGGCAUUGGCAGAGCCGGCCUGGCUUCGGGUCCACGGAGGCAUCUGUCCCAGGCAGGAGCUGGGCGUGGCGGACGUGCUGGGACACGUGGAGGCCAAGUUAUUAGAAGACUACUGCAUGAACCCUCAAACAAUCCUCCUCCUCCGUGUUAUAGCUGCCUUCUGCUUCCUGGGAAUCCUUUGCAGCCUUUGUGCAUUUCUUUUGGAUGUUUUUGGCCCAAAGCACCCAGCUCUGAAAAUAACUCGGAGAUAUGCCUUUGCCCACAUAUUAACAGUUUUGCAGUGUGCUACAGUGAUUGGCUUCUGUUAUUGGGCCUCUGAGUUGAUCCUGUCCCUCCAGCAGCAACAUAAGAAGUACCAUGGGUCACUUGUGUACGUCACUUUUGCUGUUAGUUUUUACUUAGUUGCAGGGGCAGGUGGAGCCUCCAUUCUUGCAACUGCUGCCAACCUUCUUCGACAUUACCCUACUGAGGAAGAGGAACAAGCUCUGGAGCUGUUGUCUGAGAUGGAAGAGAACAGUGAAGUUUAUCCAGGAGAUUAUGACAUUGCCAAUCAAUUUCAGCCACCCCCUGCUUACACCCCAUAACUCUUCUGGCUUUGGUGGGCACCACUUUACAUGUAAUAUAGUGCUGAUAUCAUAAUAUGACUAGAGAGUCCAACAAUACACACUUCUUCUCUUUCAAAGAAUGGAAAAAAAAAACUGCAUGUCUCGGGCCUAUUACUGUGGAUGGAUGCAACAGAUUGUAUUGUCCCUGUCAAGAGCUGAUAACACAGCAUAUAUUUUUUUAUUUGGUCUUAAACUGUGGGGUGAGCACAGAUUAUAUUUUUAGUCAUUCCCUCAAACCCGGGAACAUUUAAAUGGACAAACUUCCUUGUGUCAAACACAUCAUCUUAAACCUCUUUAAAAACAGUGUGUAAGAGUUCAGAAUCGAUGCACCUCAUGUUAUUGGACACUGCUGAAGAUCACUUGCACAUGUUUCUAAUGUAGAAAUUGAGCAGGGCUUUUGAAAGGUGCAUUGUUUGAGUUAAGCAGUGCAUUUGCCUCUUUUCAAUACUCAAGUCUGUUCCUUUGAACUACAAUGCCAUGCUUGUACAAGUGGCUGCCCAAAAAUUCUGAUAGUUUGGGACCAUGUUCAUUGCUGUGCUUCUUUGUGACUAAUGUGCCUAGAAAUGAUCAGAUACAUUGUAAAACGUAUUGCAGAAUAGGACAGAUGUGAUGUGCAGUUUUUUUUUAUAUAUAUAGUUUACUUUGCCAGGAAAUAAUACCCAGAGGGCAUAUGUGAUUUGCUCUGCUUUUUUAAUUGCUGCAAUUUGUGUGCUAAAAUUCCACUGUAAUGUUUUGAUUAUAAACCUUGUGGCUUUGACUAGAAUGGAAGAUGGAUGAAUAAACAAGUCUUAUUAAUCAAACAUUUCCCUUUCAUCACCUAGCAGAGUGAAAGUAUCAUGCUUUGGUCCUUUUGGGAUUUUUCAUUUGAAUCAGCUUUAAUUAUUGUGUGAUUGAAAUUAGGGUAGCAGUUACCAAAGUAUGGUUUCUUUUGCACUGCAGUUUCUUUUUUUAAUCAUUGGAGUGUUGUACAAUGACUCCUGUGGGUGGCACCAUGCAGCCUAAAAUAAGCAGAAUCUUAUACGGUGGGCAUAUAUUACCUUUUUCUGGCUUACUCCAAUUAAUACCUUCCCAGGAUUGUUCUGAUGUGGAGCUAUACAUAUUGGCAGUAUGGCCAAUUCAAAACCUGCCAAUUUAUGAACAAUGUAGGAAUGUUAUGAGACAAAUGCAGUGUGGAUUUCUGAUAGAAGCAUUCAGGAAAAAUGUACAGUCCGUGCAUUACUUUUCUUUCUGUAGUUAAACAUGGCUUUUUGAAUAUUAGCAAAGAUAUUUGAUUACCGAAUUAUAGGAGCUGAAAGAGCUGUGGAAUACUAGAUUUUCAAGAGUCUCCUAACAGUCCUUCAGUAUAAUUGUACACAUUGUAUGCAUACAUUUUAAAUUAAGUACAAAUAAGUAGCAGUCUAGUAAAGGCCAAUGAAUGUAAAAAAUCUAGUUCUAAAUAUUAUGUUUUACAUUUUCUUAAGAAAUAUCACAAGCUGAAAUCUGGGUAGUCAAAGCUGACUGAAAAUGCUUUAAUUAUAUUGAUAAGGAAACAGAUAUAUGAGCACCAUAUAUCAGGUCCUUGAUAUUUUGUUAGUUUGAAUAACCUGUUAAUUUGAAUACAUUUGUGUGUAUUUUUUGUUUAGAUUACUCACAAAAAUACACAUAAUGUAAGCAACCCAACUUUUAGCUUGAAAUAGAUGUCUAGAAAUCAGUUAAAUGCAUAUUUGGAAUAAGAUGGAAACUUAAUAUGGUCAUGAUUACAAAUGUAAAUUUCUGCCUUAGAACAUGUGUCACAAAACCUUUUACUCUGUCAUCUUUCUUGCAGCUGUUUCAUUGUUAAAUUUUGUUUUUCUUUCUUUCUCACAAAUAAGAUGGCACUUGUUAAUUUAUACAUUUACUCACUAAUUUUUUGCAUUCAGUUUUACAUUUUUCCCCAUUUACAAAAUAAUUUUUAUAAAUGCAUAUGGUAAAGAUGCAGAGAAGUAUAAUUUGUACACAAGGUAAUUUGAUAACCCACUCUUUUGCGUGUGUAUGGCUGGAAGUGUAACUGUGACAAAAGUGCACUAAUGUCUAAUAAUCAGUGUUUCCAGCACUUUUCACAUAAUUUUUAGUGGUAUUGAUUAAAUGAAAAGAGAAGCAAACAACUUUUUAUCAGACUUGUUUCCUCUUAAUCUUUAAUAAGUUAA